AUGGGAAAUCAUCAAACAUCAAAAGAAACUUUAUUAAUUCCAGAACAUGAUGAAAUUCAUCAAAAGAAGAAACUUUCAUUUUCACGAGUAAUCGAACAUUUAACUGUAAAAACUGAAGAUUUCGAAAUGAAUCCAGAAGAAUAUGAAAAAAUGAAAAACGUAUCACAUCGAGUCUCAUCAACUAUUCUUCAUCCUCCAUUUUGUUUUGUAUAUUAA